ACAAUCCAGUCACAAGUUCCUGGAAGAGAGGGAGCAGGAGAUGAGAACGGUUUGGGCAGUAUCGCCAGGUCUCCGUGUCAACGCGCAUUUCGUUGCAAUUGUUUACAGCGCUGCCAUAAACACUCCGCCCAGUUUGUACUGCCGGGCCUGGGACAGGACGUGGCCGGGCUGGAGGAAUCAGGAGUAAAGGUCACUGUCUCAUCUGUAUCGCACCAACAGGGUGGAGCAAGCGUACUUAAGCUUUCGGAGGAACUGGGGAGGGCAGAGUUCUUGAAGGAUCAGGAAAGGGGCGGCAGAAGGAGCAGCCUAGAGCUGACAUUCAGGAUCCACCAAGACAACGCAACGUACGUACGGUGGGUUACCGUGGAUGAGCAGUGGUGCGGUGAACAUCAAACUCCGAGAUCUUUAUUCCAGGAAUCCAGGCGGAACAUGGGAACCAGCGAGGAAUUGGAGCGCGCUGCUGCGGAGGUCAGGGCUAACAUGCAGGAUGCAAAGGCUGCGAUGAAAGUAUUCCAGGACAGGGCCCGACUCGCAAGUGUAGUUGGCGUGCUGAAGCCCAUCUUCCAGGUAGCCGGAGCCAUCCUGAAACUGGUGUUAGGCAAUCGGGAGAGCGAUGAAUUGAUCUACAUGAAGGAACAAUUCCAGGUGGUCAGGAACGACCUGGACAUCAUCUCCGAGCAGGUCAAGCAGGUGCUCUGGGAGAUUGAGAGAAGCACCAUCAACAACCAGUAUUUCCCCAUUGAGGAGAACCUCAAGAACCAGUUCAGGAAGUACAUGGACAUCCUCCGUUCAGCGCCAGAGUACCAGCAGAAGGAGAAGGAAGAGUUCCUGACGCAUUUCAACGUAACCAAGGGAGACCAGAACCUCCACACUCUUUAUGAUGCGGUGAUGGGUUUCUCCGCCGUCUUCGGCAAACCCAUCCUGGACACCGCCAUCAACUAUGACCAGCGGAACCGGCGUGUGAUGGAGGGUCUCUGCGCCCGCCUGAAGGAGCUCUUCUGUAUCGGCCUGAUCGCCCUGCUGGGACACGCCGCCGUCACUGGGAACGACGUCGAAGCGCUGAAAAGGGAAUGGGACGAGAGAUUGGUCAAGGUCGAGGGCAAGAUGAAAGCCAUGAUAGAUAGCUGCAUCAAUGAGUUCGCGCAGCAGGCGGAGAUAGAUGUUGAGAAGCUGGUGAAAGAGAAAGGCGAGAGAGAUAACAAAGCGUGUGCAACGUUUAUCAUUGAGGCGUUAACGGACAAGUAUGACUGGGUCCGUUGGUCGGUGCGAGUCUAUGACCCGGUCUCGGGGUUUGACAAUCAUUGCGUUACUGGCCCGAACCGCUUUCACUUCUUUAGGCUUAAUAAUGUUAACGUUGUUGUCUCCUACAGCACCGACCCAAAGCCCAUUGAUGAGGCCCACAUCGGGCAGCUGAUGCAAGGAAAAGACAGCUGGAGUGAUGCGAAAGAAGUGGUCGAAUUCAUCUCCAGCAACCUGCCUCCCACCUUCGUGGUCCACGCAGUCAGGCGCUACAAAGACCUGUGGAACCACAGGAAUUUUCCCAACAACUGCCACUUCUGGGAGCUGUACAGCGGGGUCACCCUCUGCGUCCAUUCCACCUAAAGGACCUGCUCCCCAAUCCGGGCUUCGGAUUUAGCAGGCGCCACCGUUUAAUGGCAGGGAUCUAUUAAUCUUUAGAAGUAGAAUUAGGACCGAGUGGGUAAUUCAAUGAAUACAGGGUCAUACUGAUGGAGAUCCCAUCAAAUGAGCAUGAAACCAGAUAUAUUGACGCAGAAACUCGCCGAUUACAAAUUCCAAUCAGAGGUCGCAAUAAGGUUGUGAUAUCAUCGAAUUCAACCAAUCAAACCAUGAGAUCCCUAACCCCCUCGGGCAGGUUUGACUGAUCAUGCAUUGAUACGUAUGCUCCGAUGAACGGUUCUGCAAACAGCCGCGGUUGGCAGUUUCUCCUUUUCAUAUCACAGGAUGCAAUGGACAUGCAUAGUAAUUCUACUUUUGCAUAUUAAUCGCUGUUAUUGCCGGGGCUAUGAUUCAACCAGAAAUAAAACCAAUUCAAGAUGUAGACGGUAAUCUGUUGAAUAAACGUAGAUGUAAAGCUCA